ACCACUCUCUCUCUCUCUCAUUGACGCAUUUGUUGUCGCCUCAACUGCUUCAUCGCGACGCUGCGGGAGAUGAGGGAGCCCAAAAGCCCACCAUCUCCUUCAAGCAACACAAUCGAACCCGCCAUUGCUGGGACGAGAAGAUGAACCUCAGAAGACUUGGAACCGCGUGAGGUCUCCCAAGAAUCGCCGCAGACACGUUAGGGUUCGCAAUCAGAUACGCCAACGACCUCGCAUACUCCGCCUAGGUGUCGCCGCCGCCACUGACUCCAGCAGCCAGUCCACGACGGCGCCGCCGCCUUCCCCGUUGAUCGUGGCCCUGCGGGCGGAGUUCGCGGUGGCGAUGUCCGCAAGAAGCGCCGUGACACGAAUCUCAAAGUCGGAGCGGACCUCGUGGUUCACCGAGGAUAGCACCGAGCGCAACGACUGCCAGAGUACCGCGGCGGCGACGCCGGUGUGCUUCGCGUGGUGGAAAAUCCGGUCGAAGGAGUUCACUGCCUUGCGCACGGCGCGCUCUGCGCCCUCAUGUAGAGGAUUCGUGCCUCUUUCGCUGCGAUAUAAUUUUCUCAUGUGCCAAUACAGAGACAAAGAAGCUCCAAAAUUAACUGAAAGUGGUUUCCAGUUUUUGCUGAUGGAUACAAAUGCACAGCUUUGGUACAUUAUCAGAGAAUAUAUCUCUAAUUCUGAGGUAGCUCUAACUUUUUUUUUAAUGAUAUUUUUUCCAUUUGUUUUCUAAUGUUCUUCAUCAUCCAAUUUGAUGCAAGAUAGAGGUGUUGAUGCAGCUGACCUUAUCUCAUUCAUGCUGGAAUCAGUUUUCAUGGCAUAGGAUGGCUUAUUCUUCUCCUCCUAUUUCCUUCU